AUCUUUUAAAGGAUCUCCGGGUUAGCUAAACAGCAUGACCUGCUCGUCCCAAUGACAGACAGUUGGGUUUCAGAUGGUGAGAAUUAGCCUCACAUUGCGUUUUUUUAUUGAAAUAACAAGGUGAGGACUUACUAGCAUCACUAUAUAAGUCUGUGAAGAUGCCAGCUGGUGUGUCUUGGCCUCGGUACAUGAGUACGCUUGGUGCCAGCAUGCUGGCCAUGUUUGCAGGAGCACAAGUCGUCCACCAGUACUACCUACCUGAUCUGAGUAUACCAGAGACCCCACCAAAGCCUGGGGAGCUUUUGACUGAACUGCGAGGCCACAAAGUCAGAGAAGAAGCUGCUGCUGCUGCGUUACAGGCGCUGAAAGCAGAACAAAAGGUGGACUGAUCUGGAAUUACACGUCCUCUGUGUGAUGGACACUCAAUCAAGCAGAUUGUUGCUACGUGCCUGGGAGUGAAGUCAUUUCUGGGACAUCUGCAAAUGGAUCAUUUCAGUGUUUGAUGGUUUCUUCUAGUACAGCAAACAGAAGUGGAAUAAAACGCUGCACUGUUGGCGUCUGGCUCCUCGGGAUAAGGAUCCUCUUGGGAUGGUUUAUAUAAAAAAAUAGUUAAUUUAUCCUUUUUUGAAUGUGUUUGCACUUUCAGACUCGAGUGAUGAAAUAUGUAAGAGAACGCUUUAUGAACACGAUAAAAGUUAUUCUGUUAUAUUCAAAGGUUAUUCCCCUAGCAGACAUGUCUUUGAAAUAAAAAAUAUCAUACUAAACCUUCGUCA